AUGGAAAUAGGUGACAGUUAUCAGAGUCAGGAAGGAUUUGGUCAAGGAGUUCCCCGUGCUGAGGAUGAGCAAUUACAAUACAAGAUCCAGCUCUUGCUACAUAUUAAUAGUAUUUUACUUGCAAGAGUGAUGCAAAUGGCAGGAGGCAACGGGGAGGGCUCUGUUCCAGAACAGCUGCAGCCCAUUGCUUCGCAGUAUUUGAAAAGGGUGCAUGCGAAUUUACAGUGCAUUUCGCAGAUCAAUCAGGGUGCUAGAAGCGCAAAACCUUUGAUUUCAGAUGCUCCGCAGUUGCUGGUGCAACAGCCUGCACAAGAUAUACUGGCCAAACUGUAUCUAUUGAUGACGCGUGUAUUUGAGAUCUGGUGA